GAUUUCACGGAUCGGGUCAGGCCCGGCGACCCGUGUCGAUAAAUGCACAAGUGACCACGGCGUAGCCGGGUCUUUCGCCUCCUCGACGACGAACGCCCUUCUUCUCCUCCACCGCCGUUUGCUCUUCCGUCGAAAUCGCAGUUCCAGAUGAAGUUUCUGGACUGGUAUUUGAAGAUUGCGGCGGUAUCGGCGCUAAUCGGGGCUUCGAUGGAGCUAUUCAUGAUCCACACCGGUUUCUACGACAAGGUCACCGUGCUGGAGUCGGAAAAACGUGCCUGGGAGAGCUCUGAAGAAGCUCAAGCCAUCAGAGAAGCUCUUAAUCCUUGGAGAAAACAUAUGACGAAUAAGCAAGAAGAUCCUCACGAGUGCUGAGAUUGAGAUUCUGUAGCAGUUUGUUGGUGAAUGUUAUUUUUCUUCUGCAGGACAUCACAACCACUUUUUGUUUCUGUUGGAAGAGCGAUACGAUCAUUUGUGAUA